CAUCACUAGUUUGUAUCUGUGGUGUUUUAAUUUUUGUUAAUAUAAUAUGAGCUUAAACAUGUUAGGAAAUAUAGAAGAUAAAUCUGUUGUGACAGGUUUUGAUGAUCUUCCAUACUUUCCCGAAAACUUUCCCGGGAAAGUUUGUUGUCUCUGUAAUCUUGGGGAGCGAAGUGCGCUUGGCCAAGGGACACUGAUUCAACUUAAAGUGCCUUCUAGUUGUAAGGAAAGAAAACCCAAUGAAACUGAAAAGGAUCAGGACAGUUUGCGUAAAUUCAAGUGCGGGCUGAAAAAUAAAAGUGCUGCCAACAGCGAGAGCACCUACGAAUUGGACAAAAUUGGCUACGCAGACAUUGUAAAUACGUCGGUGUUCUUCGAUGACGAAUUUGUUUAUGUUCAUCGCAUGUGUGUAAUGUGGACAUUGCGUAAAAUUCAUAUAAAGGAUCCUGAUGUUGUUCAGUUUAUAAGCCAUUUAUCUAGUUAUUUAGAACAGAAAUGCAGUUUCUGUGGACAAUACGGCGCGUCCAUUACUUGCAAGAUGAACUGCCGGCAAGUACAUCAUUGGCCGUGCUCUUCUGCAGCUGGUUGCCUACUUAUCUUGGAGAGCUUCACUGUAUUCUGUACGGAACAUUUAAGUCAGGUUCCAAUCAUUUGUACUGAUAACAAUGUCGAGUGUCUAACGUGUUCGUCAUUGGGCGAUCUGUCAAAACUAAUAAUGUGCUGUUCAUGUGGAGAUCAUUUUCAUUCUACUUGCAUUGGAUUGGCAAAUUUACCUGAUACGCGAUCUGGUUGGAGCUGUGCGCGCUGUACAAAAUGCCAGAUUUGUAGACAACAUGAAACUAAUGAUAUCAAAUUCAUCAAGUGUGAACAGUGCCAAAAAAUGUAUCACGCAAUGUGCUUACGGCCUACAAUAUCUUCGAUACCUAAAUAUGGCUGGAAAUGUAAUCGAUGUCGUGUUUGCACAGAUUGUGGGUCUCGAACACCAGGUGGUGGUAGCUCAUCUCGAUGGCACAGUCACUAUACAAUUUGCGACUCAUGCUAUCAACAAAGGAACAAAGGAUUUUCAUGUCCAAUUUGCCAAAAGGCAUAUAGAGCUGCAGCUUAUAAGGAAAUGGUCAAAUGCAGCUGGUGUCACAAAUUUGUUCAUAGCACAUGUGAUGAGGAAGCUGAUUUGACUGCCUAUCACAAAAAAAAAGAAUAUAACCCUGACUAUGAUUAUGUCUGCCCUAUUUGCAAAACAAACUCAUCUGCUACCCAACAUAAAGCAGUUGACCCGCUCGAACGAUCCAUAACAGAUAUGCAAAACGCUGAGCAGUUUAAUAUUAAACAUGUGGAAAUUGAAUCAAUAAAUGGAAGAACAUGUAUCGAAGGGAACAGCGAAGAUCCUCUGAAGUUGCCAAGCACUAAAAAAAAAGUUUGCUUAACUAACAUUCGUGGCAAAGGAGGUAAGUUUGUGUUACACCGAUUAGGAUCAAUGUCACAGUUAGGAAGAAAGCGUAGCAAUCGGGGCAAGGGACGUCAACUUGUUCUUCAAACAGGCUCAAGUGAUCGUUACAUAAGCCGUAAUUUGGAUACAGACCUUUCCAGUGACAAGAAAAUGCUGUUGUGCUCGGCUCGUGAUAAAUUUGUACUCUCGCAAGACAUUUGUGUAAUGUGCGGAACAUUGGGAAUUGAAAGCGACUCGGUUUUGAUCACGUGCGCACAAUGUGGCCAAUGCUAUCACCCGUACUGCGCCAGUGUUAAACACUCCAGGGGUAUUCUGCAAAAGGGAUGGCGCUGCUUAGACUGUACUGUCUGCGAAGGUUGUGGAAAGAAAAACGACGAGGCCCGUUUGCUUCUAUGUGAUGAAUGUGAUAUUUCGUACCACAUAUACUGUGUUAAGCCGCCUCUAGAGACGGUUCCACAUGGAAAUUGGAAAUGUUCUUUUUGUACCAUAUGCCAGAAAUGCGGUCGAAAUCCAACCGAAAAAAUUAAGAACAGUGACGCGAGUGUGCCAGAAUGUUUGCCCUGCGCUAGCCAAAAUAGCUGUCCCUUAUGUAGAAAAGCCUACAUUGAUGGGGAGAUGAUUAUUCAAUGUGAGCAAUGUGAACAAUGGUCGCAUUUUCUUUGCGACUCAAUAAACACUCAGUACUCAAUGGAGUAUUACGACAAUAAUGUCUACAAGUGUAUGAAAUGUCGUUCCAGUUCGAAGGCGAUAUCGCAAAUGAAUGCAACACCUUUUAAUGAAGAUUUAUUGACAACAUCGAAGCUGUUACCGGAGGUGGGCCAAGGGGGAAAGACUAUUAAUGUCUCGGACCGCAAUAUUCGGUUGACUAACGAAUUAUUAGAGAGCACAGAAGCAAUUCAUUGGAUCGACGGUGUGUGCUUAAGUGAAAAUGGUUUGAACAUGAUUAAAUCGCUUUCAACUGAAAUUAAACGUAAGAGAAAAAUGCGUCAACCUACUUCUAAUUCGAAUAAGGAUGCACAAAAUGAAACAGUUGUGUCCGAUGAUGUACAAGGCGAUAAAUACAAAGAUGGAAUGAUUUGGGAUAGAACAGAAACUGUGUUACCCGAUGGAUUUUCUAUAUCUACGAAUGAUGAUGGUGUCCAAAUUUUACGCAAAAAGCGUCAGCGAAAUCUGCAGAAAUUGGGUAUCGGUGGGUUUUCAGUGCGAAAUCGAGCUCUUAAAAAAGAUAAUGACGAUUCUGUGGAUCAACUAAAUGCCAUUUUAGUAUUGGACAAAAAAAAGAAAAUUAUACGCAAAAAGCAAAAAAACAAACUCAUCGAAGCUUAUCCGGCAUAUUUGCAAGAAGCUUUUUUUGGGAAGCCCCUAUUGGAAUCUGGCGAUGUGGCAGUCUACGAUUCAGAUUCUUCGGAUGAAAUCGGAACAACAAUGAAAAUGUUCUUUACACACUCAAGUGAAAAAGUAUCCGAUAUUGAAAUAUCUAAUAAAAAUCCAUUAAAGGCAAUAAAAAACACAAAAGCCGAGAAACCUCUCCAUGAAAACAAGAACAUUUUUGGGAACCAAUUUUCAACAACUACACAGCAAAACAAAAAUCAAAUAUCUGCUGGAGUUAUAACUGAUUCGUCUUUGUCAGAUAUUCCAAGGAACGCAGCGCCGAAUAUGCAUGCUUUGGAUUCUAUGGCCUCCCAGGGAAUUUCCGAUUUGGAUGAAAUAAACGUUCCCAUCAAUUUUAUUGCAUCGUCUGAUAAUACAAAGAAUGCGAUAAGUGUGUCGGCAAGUUUAGUUGAUCCUUAUACUGCACCUCCACAAUUAACUCAAGAUCGAAAAUUUCAAAGCAAGCCUAUGUUGCCAGCGAAUAAGUUGGCACUCACACAAAAUCAGCCAAAACCGCAAAAUAUCACAGGACCACAACAAAAUGAGAUAAGAGUUGUCGAAGAGCCCAAACCACCCGAAACCAUUGAGUGCAUAAACGUUGGCACACAAAAGACAGCUGAAAAAAUGCGAAAAGAUGAGGAUCUUGGAUUAAUGGCCACAAUUUCUGCUGUUUUGUAUGCUAAUACAGAGCAUGCAAAUCUUAAGGAAUUGUAUCCUAAUUGGACCGAUCGUUGCAAGCAGAUUCUUAAGAGAUGGCGGUCUUUAUGCAACGAAAAAAAGGCACCAUUCCUACAGAAAGCUAAAGAUAAUAGGUCGGCGUUACGCCAACGGCGCGAACAGUGCAAAGUCAGUCAACCGUCGAAACUAGAAACCAAGCAAGAUGAUGGUCGCUCUUGGAAAAAUCACCCUUGUAAGCCAAAGGAAGAUCAACCAAAUUUGUUUGGUAAUUACAAUGGAAUUUCAUAUGAUCACCCAUCAUGUUACAUCGGGACAGCCACCCACUCUACCAAUUCCCAUCAGCCGACGGAAAUUUCUAAUGAAAAUGUCGGAGUUAAAUCUGCAAUUCAGAGGACAACUAUGCAUACUGCAUCAUCAUUGAAAGUAUCAUCGAUGGAAACCAGAAUGGAGCAUAAUGCAGCUUAUGAACCUGAACCAGUUGGUGAUAAAAAGCUUAGAAACCUGUUGCAAAAAAAUAACUCGGAAACAGUGCUAAAUAAUUCCAACUCUGAAUUCUUUAUGCCUAACGAUGUUAUGAGACUUGGGUUGAUACAAAAUACUGCUUUAACGCAAAAUAACCCAAUGUUAAGUAUGAGUGGAAAACCCCAGCAUACAGAUAUGAGAAGUCUAGAACAAGACGGAAAAACACACCUUGAAAUUAAAAUAGCUGAAUCACAGGAAGGAAUAUCAUCGUCAGCAGUUGAACUAGAAAAUGUCGGGUUUGGAGAUAUUUUAGGUGGAUUCGGUGAGGGUGAUGAUGACGACUUGCUUAAAUCCUUAACAUCAGAGAUUGGCGAUGAUUUUAAUAUAUUGGAAUAUGCUGAUCCAGAGCUCGAUGUUAAUGUUCUAAACACAUUGGAUUUUGAAGAAACCGAAAAAAACUCAGCCUGAAUAUAUAAU